AUGAUUCACAUUCCAUACCGUACUGAAGUUGACAAUUCGAUGUCCCCUUUUUACUCAUUCGACUGUCAUACUCAUCUGGCGCCAAACUCACAGACCGCAAGCAAAUUCAAAAUUUUACCCACCCCCAUUGCCCCAGCCACCCGUAGCUCCGCCCUGCCUGCCCCACAGAGGGGGGACAGCUCCGUCACCCCCCCCUCCCCUCCCGCGGCUGCCCACCGGCGCGAGAUCUGCUCUAGAGGCUCUGUGGCGCCGACAAAUACGCGCACGCAGUGCCACAAAAACUCUCUCCCCUCUACCCCGCUCCUCUCUCCUCCGUCUUCGACACGCGAGCGUAGAACCAGCCAGUAG